ACUGAGUUCACUCUGUCGGGGUGACAGGUGUGUGUGUGUGUGUCCGUGAGGGGGGCUCACGGCUCAGAUCAAGUGUCUUUCUCACAACUUGUCAUAUAAAUAGUCAGAGGAAGAUCAGUGUAGCUGAGCCUCAGAGCAAACCAGAGCCCAGAAGAACAUCAGGAGCCUUUUUGUUGCUGAGCUGACCCCCUUUUCUUUUCACGCUUAAUGAGUGUGAUUACACAGAGCUUACACAUACCAACACAGUAAUCCAGAGCCAGAAAUACUGAUUAGUGUGAGGGAUUCUAUAAUAAAACAAUGUUCCUCCUGAAAAGCAUUCAAUUAGAGGAUCUAUCCAUGCACUCAUGUAUAGGCUUACAUGUUGGUACCUAAACUUGCAAACUGAUACAUUAUUGAAAGCUUUUAUUUGUUUUUAUUUUCUGUAUUUCAGGUAAAGAGAAAUGUCUUUUGUAUUUAAUUGGAUCUACAAAAGCUUCAGCAGUGUCCUGCAAUUAUUAGGGUUGUACAAAAAGAGCGGGAAGCUGGUUUUCCUAGGACUAGAUAAUGCUGGCAAAACCACGCUUCUGCAGAUGCUCAGAGACGACAGACUGGGGCAGCACAUGCCAACGUUAUACCCAACGUCUGAAGAGUUGACCAUAGCCGGAAUGACGUUCACUACGUUUGACCUCGGAGGCCAUACACAAGCACGAAGAAUCUGGAAGAAUUACUUCCCAGCCAUAAAUGGUAUAGUCUUCAUGGUGGAUUGUGCUGAUCAUGUGCGACUAGCGGAGGCUAAAGCUGAACUAGAUGCCAUCCUAACAGACGAAACCAUCGCUAACAUCCCAGUGCUGAUCCUGGGAAAUAAAAUCGAUCGUCCGGAGGCCGUCAGCGAGGACGGGCUCAGAGGAGUGUUUGGUCUGCACGGACAUACAACUGGGAAGGGCACAGUAUCCCUGAAGGAGCUGAAUCUGAGGCCAAUGGAGGUUUUCAUGUGCAGCGUCCUGAAGAGACAGGGCUACGGAGACGGUUUCCGCUGGCUCUCCCAGUAUAUAGACUGAUUCCAGAUGUUUUUAAUCGCCUUAAUCAGAUUUAUUAUGCUGCCUGUGCACACACACACAAAAUCUGUUCCACACAGAGCUACCAGCAGCAGAAAUAUAAUUUAUUAAAAGCACAAUUUCUAGUAAUUUGACUGCCAAUAAUGAAUACAUUUUGUAUUAAUACACAAUGCAUAUUCAUCAGGGUGGUUCCUGUUUUAACUUAAAGCAUGCUGGGAAUCCUGUCACCCUUAUACAACACACUGCUGAGAGACUUGUUUUAUAUUUGGCUGCUGGUGUUGAUUUACAGUUAAGGGCAAUUUAACAAGUUGCAGACUUUGUUGGAGUAGCUCCCACUUGUGUGGGGAUACAAUGAUUUUUUUAAAGCACAAAAAGAUAGUUUUCAUUUCUAAAAUAUUUCUUUCAAAGUGUUAGGAAAUUUGUAACACAGUCAAAAAUGUAAUUUAACUCAAAAAUGUUGCACAACACUUCAUGUUCACAACAGUGAUCUAACUCUCACCAUAGAUAUUAAAAUUCAGUUAAGAAGGAGCUUUAAUUAUUUGUACAGAAAUAAAUAAUUGCAGUACAGCUGCUCCAGCAUUGCCAAGUAAAGUAAAAAAAAAAAAAAACAACAUAUUGCAGAGAUGAAGCCAAAUUGUAGUAACUGUUUUUCUUUUCAUUUUGAUGCUGUGAAUUAACCAGAGUACUUUGUGAUUAGUUGCUGCUCACAACAUGCAGUAAUAUUAUGAGAGUACUUGGUUCAUAUUUAAACAACAGUGCAAUAUUCUAUUUAUUUUGUAUAAAAAAGUUAUAUUUAUAUUUUGAGAGAAAAACGGGCUUUUCUGUUACAAAAGUUGCAUCGUUUUUGUUCGACUGGUGUGAAAAUGUAGCAUAAUAAAUAUGUUUUCUGACUUUU